AUGCAUAUUUCCUGGCCUCCAUCCGGAGGUAAUGCGUUUGGAAUUGCUACUCUGUCUCUUGGUAACUGGCGAGAACACAAACUCGAACCACGUCUUAAGGCUGCAGCAGAAGCAGGAUAUCAAUGGAUCGACUUGUUUGACGAGUGCUGGGCUGCAUACCUAGAGGAACAUGACUUGCCUGGGGAUCAGCUAUGGGAAGCCACACCAGAAAAUCUUCACAUUGCUCGCAAACUGGGUGACUUAGUUAAGUCUCUAGGAAUGCGCAUUGCCUGCACCCAGCCUCUCCGGAAGAUCGAGGGAAUCAAAGAUCCCACUGAACGCCGGACCACGCUCAACCUGGUCGCGAAACGAUUUCCAUUUAUGCGAGCCUUUGACACCGACCUUGUCUUUAUGUGCGCCAACAUUCGGACGGACAAUGGGGUGACAUCUGAUCUCAAGACGGUCGCGAGAGACCUUGCGGAGCUCGGCGACAUGGCAGCGGUAUAUGCAAAAGCUGAUGGCGGACCUAUGCUGAAAAUUGGAUAUGAAGGCCUAUCUUGGGCUGUGCGCAAUACAUGGUCUGCUUCAUGGGAAGCAGUACAAUUCGCGAAUCGUCCAAACGUGGGAUUGAUUGUGGAUGCCUUCAAUAUUCUCGCUGUCGAGUUUGCAGAUCCCUACAAUCCUGCUGGCCACGGGCGCAUAUACCCAACCCUUGAAGAAUCUCUCGAGGUUCUCGCUGGAUCACUUGCAUCGUUAGCCGCCACAGUACCAGGCGACCGUAUUUUCUUUUUCCAAUGCGGCGAUGCUGAAUUGAUGAAUCCAUCGAGCUUCCUUCCACCGACGGACCCUGAAAUACCCCCAUUACUUCCGUGGUCACGAAGCCAUCGCCUUUACCCUCUUGAGGAGUCCCGGAGUGGUUAUAUGCCAGUGGAGCUUGUCGCAGCUGCAGUGCUCGCUACAGGGUACCGAGGCCCAAUUUCACUUGAAGUAUUCAAUAGCUCCCUCAGUAUACCUGGACAGAGUGUUCCAGAAGAACAUGCCACUAGGGGAAUUGAAAGCUUGCAGAAGCUAUUGGAGACAACAACAGCUCUGAAUCCUUUCUGGUAUGGGCAGACUGAAAAGGAACAGGCCAUUACGCAGGUGAUACGACGCUUACAACCAACGAUGCACCGGCUGUGA